UCUCUUGCUUUUACCUUUUUUUUCGUUCUCUGCUCCUAUUAUCUUGUGUUUCCGGCAUCUUCUCUCAUGGCUUCCUGUGUUUCUCCGGCUAGUCUGUUGUGAUUCCGCCGGAUAAUUUAUAAUUCCGGUUUCUCAGCUUCGUACUAGUCCGUCGGAUAAGGCUUUUAACCGAAACAUGAACGUGUGGGAUUUUCUGGGAUUUGUCCUUGGCUAUCUGAUUUCUUUAUGAGCUUUCAUUAUCUCUGCCUGCCAUGGUUUCUCUGCUGCGUGGCCUGCUUUGCGCUUCUUUUAUGAGGACUUGCGAAUGUAGCUUCCAAAUUUCUUUAAUCUGACUUCUUCAUAUCGUAUAAAAGGCUUCCUAGCUUUGGCAGAAAAAAAAAAAAAGAUUGACAGAAGAGUCUUGAGACUCUUGGUUUCAUAUUUCUUCAUCGUGUGGCAUGGGUGAAGCAAGGCGAACUGAAUCUGGGGAAAUCGGGCACCUUUCUAUGCAAAUGAAUGUAUAUCCGAGGGAUCUGUUGAAGAGAUUCUCGGCUGUGAAUUGCGGGCCAACGGAGUUUUCUGAGGCAGGAGAAGACACUGAAGAGGUCGAGCUAAACCUCGAGCUUUCUUUGGGUGGUUGCUUUGGGGUAGACCCAAGAGAGAAGAGGCUCGUCCGGUCGUCAUCGAUCACCGGCUUAACGACUCUGGCGAGAGACGAAGAUGAGGUAGCUCCUCCUCCUGUUGGGUGUUCCGCUCUUACAAGGACAUGUUGUCCGCACACGGAGAACGAAGAAGAGCGCAUUAUGAGAAAAGAGUUACAGUGUAUUAGGAGGAUGGAAGCAAAGAGAAAGCGAUCAGAGAAGCAAAGAAAUUUCAAGACAGGUAAGGAUCGAACAUUUUCUGAGGGAAAUUGCGAGGAAGAUAAGCCCUUAGACGACGAAGCUCUGACGUCCAUGAAUUUAAAAGAGACGGUUGAGGGUGUUCCUAGCUACCAGGGUUUUGCAGGCAAUACUACUGUAUCAAACCAGCAGCAGCAGAAGCAGCAACAACAGCAAUAUAUGAUGCCAAAUGGCUUCACUCAGUCUGUGGCACCACCUCUUGGGCUACCCACUAGGCCUGCCGCUUCCCAUCCACAUGGAAUCGAUACAAGCAUGAAUGGUAAAGGUAAUGUUUUGGCUGCCGGCGCCGCUGCUGCUUUAAGAGGAUGCCCACCUCCGUCCUCACAGGGGUCGCUCGGAUCGCAGGGGAGCAGCUCUUCUGGGAUUUCUGAUUUCGAGGGCGGACAAGUCCAAGGAUUGAGCAGUUGCAGUGAAGCAAGAAGUCCUACCAGCAUCCAAUCUUUGCCGGAGCAUGGUGAGCAGAAAACCACAGCCAGCCCUGGGAAGACAAUGACUGAAACAUCCGGCAUGUCUUCUGGAAUUGGAACGGAGGCAUCUAAGAACUCAAAUGUGGUUGAGAAUGGAGUGAGGGAGGUCGGGAGGAAUAUGAUGGAAGAUAUGCCUUGYGUCUCCACCAGAGGAGAUGGCCACAAUGGGAGGCGAAUAGAGGGGUUUCUCUACAAGUACAGGAAGGGGGAGGAGGUUAGGAUAGUUUGUGUAUGCCAUGGCAGCUUUCUUUCUCCAGCAGAGUUUGUUAAGCACGCUGGUGGUGGUGAUGUGACGCACCCCCUAAGGCAUAUAGUUGUCAACCCUUCCCCUUCUUCUCUUUUGUGAUGGUGGAGUCUUUCUCACCUCAAGGAAAACAAAAAGGGAAAGAGAGGGAAAAAAAUGAUAAAGGGUUUGAUAGAAGGGGACUUUUUAUUGUGUUCGAGUGCAUGAUUGACUCUUCUUGUUGGAAAACAGAAUGUUUGAAGUGCAAAGAAGAGAUUUUCACAUGUACCUUGGCUUUGAUUUGUUUUUCCUCUUUCCCUUCUUUUCCCUUUUCUCCUCCCUUUCUGUGAUCCCUUGAACGUUUAAAGCAAAUUCAUAUGGACAUUUCUCUGGUGGUGGUUGUGACCUCCAGUUUCUUGGA